AGGGCUGGCGGGAAAGGCGGGAAAGAAGGCAGCGGGCAGGCGGCGGGCAGGCACCGAGCGCAGCCCUAGCGCGGCCGCCGCCGCGCACCCCACGCCUCUCAGCGGCCUCGCACGCAGCCCCUGAGGAGCGGGCAGCAUGGCCCGUACGAAGCAGACGGCCCGCAAGUCCACGGGCGGUAAAGCGCCGCGCAAGCAGCUGGCCACUAAAGCGGCCCGCAAGAGCGCCCCGUCCACCGGCGGCGUCAAAAAGCCGCACCGAUACCGGCCCGGAACUGUGGCGCUGAGGGAGAUCCGGCGGUACCAGAAAUCGACGGAGCUGCUGAUCCGCAAACUGCCCUUCCAGCGCUUGGUGCGUGAGAUCGCCCAGGACUUCAAGACCGACCUGCGCUUCCAGAGCGCCGCCAUCGGAGCCCUGCAGGAGGCGAGCGAGGCGUACCUGGUGGGGCUGUUUGAGGACACCAACCUGUGUGCCAUCCACGCCAAACGUGUCACCAUCAUGCCCAAGGACAUCCAGCUGGCACGGCGCAUCCGCGGCGAGCGCGCCUGAGGGGGUCAGACCCCAAACCCACCCCAUACCCACACUUUGGAGGGGGGGAGUCAGACCCCACACUCGCCCCAAACCCACACCUGGGGUUGGUCAGAAACCAAACCCCCCCCCCCCAAACCCACACAUGGGGGUUGGUCAGACCCCAAACCCACCCCAUACCCACACAUGGGGGGUCGGCCCCCAGACCCCACAGCCCAUCCCAAACCCACACCUUGGGGGGAGGAGUCAGACCCCAAACCUCCCCCAAACCCACAGCUGGGGGCGGGGUCAGACCCACAGCCUACCCCAAACCUUUUUUGGGGGGGAGGAAGGGGGGGGAGGUGGUUGAUGGGACAUUCCCCUUUAUUUUUGCCCCUUUUUGUACACUUUUUGCGUUGGGGUUUUCUUUUUGGAGCUGUAUUAUAGGGUCGUGGGGGGCGCGGGAGGGAUUUGUACACAAAAUAUCGCGCUGGGGGGGGGCUGCACCCUUUGCUCCCCCCCAUUCCGCUGUGGGGCAGCUGCUGUGCCCCACAUAUCCACCAUCACCCCCAUCCUAUACAUCGGUCGCGUUCCGCUUUGUACCGGGCCGCGUUCCCCACCCCACUCUGGCACCCAAAUAAAUAAAACCCUCAAUAUUCA